UCCACGCAAACAUCUCACUUUAAAAAAAAAAAGUCUCAAGACGAACACAUCAUCAUCUGUCAAUACCUACUUUUUGAAUCCAUCGAAAAUGGUAUCCUCCAACCCCUCAACAUCCCCCCGCGUCGAAGCCGUGCAAGAAUUCAUCUCCGUCUUCAAAACCCUCGACGCAGCGCCUCUCGAAAAACUCCUCUCUCCAUCCUACAACCACACAAUGGGCCCCGCCUCCGUUGAUCCAUUCAAGAUCGGACCCUUCGACAAAGCCGGAUUUAUCGGACACGUCGCAGGGCUCUCAUAUCUCAUGACGUCGUUCCCCGUGACAAUCACCGAGAUUGUGGAUUCAGAGAGCAGCAAUAGCGUGUGGGCGUGGACAGCAAGCGAUGUUAAGUGGCGCUCUGAAGUUACGGAUGGGGACGCUGCGGAGUGGAGUUAUCAGGGCCAGAAUUUGUUCAUGUUUUGGUUCGAUGCGGAGGGAAAGAUUGAGAGGGUUAUUGAGGUAUUGGACAGCCAGAAGUCUAUUAAUGAGCUUUUGCCGUUAUUGGGUAGGGCUGGGGCGAACCUUCAAAAGGCUGCGGCGGCAUAA